AUGGACAGGUAUCUGCGAAACGACGUGAUGAGCGUGCAGGAGUCAAUCGUGAAUCACGUCGAGUACACGAUGGCGAGAAAUAGGUACCAGUUUGAUGACUUUGAGGCGUACAACGCGGCCGCAUUUUCGGUUCGCGAUCGUCUCAUCGAAAGCUGGAACGACACGCAGCAAUACUUUCGAGAAAAGAGCCCGAAGCGCGUGUACUACAUGUCGAUGGAGUUUUUGAUGGGUCGCUCGUUGUUGAACUCGCUGUACAACUUGGACAUCAAGCCGCAGUACACCGAAGCGUUGCGUCAGCUUGGAUACGAGUUAGAAACGCUCGUAGAUAAGGAACGCGACGCCGCGCUCGGGAACGGUGGUUUAGGUCGCUUGGCUUCUUGCUUUUUGGACUCGAUGGCGACUCAGGAUCUUCCGGCGUGGGGGUACGGCAUUCGAUACCAGUAUGGUAUGUUCCGUCAAACCGUGAACGAUGGCUUCCAGCACGAGCACCCCGAUUACUGGCUGAACUUUGGUAAUCCUUGGGAAAUCGAGCGUCCAUACAUCAGCUAUCCCAUCAAGUUUUACGGCGGCGUAGAGAAACAAAUCAUCGACGGCCACGAAGUCAACAAGUGGGUGGGUGGCGAAGAUAUCAGCGCCGUAGCGUACGACAACCCGAUUCCGGGCUGGAACACGCCAACGACGAUCAACCUCCGAUUGUGGAGCGCGAAACCAUCGCGGGAGUUUGACUUGGAGUCGUUUAACACCGGGGAUUACGUGCAAGCGAUUUUGGCAAAGCAGCGCGCUGAAACGAUUUCAUCCGUGCUCUACCCGGACGAUCGUACGUACCAAGGCAAAGAGCUUCGCUUGAAACAGCAAUACUUCAUGGUGUCUGCCACCAUCCAGGACAUUAUUCGCCGCUACUUGGUGAAUCACGACUCGUUUGACGAGUUCCCGAACCAAGUCGCGGUGCAGCUGAACGAUACGCAUCCUUCUCUCGCCAUCCCGGAGUUGUUGCGCCUGCUCAUCGAUGAGCAUGGGCUUUCGGACACGAAGGCUUGGGAAAUCACUUCGAAGGUCUUCAGUUUCACCAACCACACCGUGCUCGUGGAUGCGCUCGAGAAAUGGCCGGUCGAUUUGCUCGAAAAGGUGCUCCCGCGCCACAUGCAAAUCAUUUACGAAAUCAACUGGAAAUUCAUCAGCGAUCUCAGCCAGAAGCGCGGCGAAGACUUUGCGCUCUUUGGUCGUACGAGCAUCAUCGAAGAAACUACGGAAGGAAAACUCGUGCGCAUGGCGCACCUCGCCAUGGUCGGCUGUCACACCGUGAAUGGCGUGGCCGAGGUCCACAGCGAACUUCUCAAGACGCGCAUGUUUCCAGACUUUUACGAGUUGGCGCCGGAGAAGUUUCAAAAUAAGACAAACGGCGUCACCCAACGCCGCUGGCUCGCCUUCAGUAAUCCGGCCCUCCGUGAUUUGAUCUCCAGCAAACUUGGCGGCGACUCUUGGAUUCGCGAAUUGGACAUGCUCCAUGAUUUGGACAAGUACGCUGAAGACCCCGAGUUCCAAGCGCAGUGGCGCGCCAUCAAGCUCGAGAAUAAGAAGAAGUUAACGAAAUUGAUCGAGGAAAAGACGGGGACAGUGGUGAGCCCAAACGCUUUGUUUGACAUUCAAGUCAAGCGCAUCCAUGAGUACAAGCGUCAGUUGCUCAACGUAUUCUCUGUGAUUCACCGGUACAAUAAGAUCAAGGCGGCGACGCCGGAGGAGCGCAAAGAAAUGGUACCGCGCGUCGUCGUCAUCGGCGGCAAGGCUGCGCCGGGUUACGACAUGGCCAAGCGCAUCAUCAAGCUCGUCUGCGCGGUGGGGGAGAAGGUGAACAACGACCCUGACGUGGGUGACUUGCUUAAGCUCGUUUUCAUCCCCGACUACAACGUCAGUAGCGCCGAAGUCAUCGUACCCGCUGCGGAGCUGUCCCAGCACAUCUCCACCGCCGGCACGGAGGCGUCGGGAACGUCCAACAUGAAGUUUGCCAUGAACGGUUGCUUGAUCAUCGGCACCAUGGACGGUUCCAACGUCGAAAUCGCAGAAGAGAUCGGCAAACGUAACAUGUUCAUCUUCGGUGCGAACUCGGCAGAUGUCCCAAUCUUGCGCUCGGAGCGCGCGCGCUUCAAGCCGCCGCCCGAAUUCGACGGCAUAGUCGAACAGAUUCGCGGCGGCGCCUUUGAUUGGGCAGACUUCCUCAAUCCGGUGUGCGACGCCGUGCACGGUGGUGCCGAUUACUACUUGCUCGCAAACGACUUCGAGGAUUACAUCCGCGCCCAAGACCUCGUCGAUGAAACAUACAAGGAUCAGGCCAAGUGGACCACGAUGAGCAUCAAAUCCACCGCCGGUUCCGGCAAGUUUAGCAGCGACAGAACGAUUCGCGAGUACGCUAAGGAUAUCUGGGGCAUCGAACCGUGCCGCCGUCCGGAACCUGGAAAUCCGCGAUAA